AUGUCUCGAGAUAAACCAAUUCCUAAUGGCGUCACAAGUCUCGAUCGGGGCCGCUCUGCAACUUCUUACUUCGUAUGUCACAUUGCCAUAGCGAACUGUGCCUUUUGCAAUGCGCUUGCGCUCUUCUUCUCGCAAGACAUCCAUGUGCGCCCCUUGCAAUGCUCGAUGUGCUUUUCACCCAACACGCGCUCCUAUUCCCUGCCACAGCUCUCAACCGACAUCUUUCCUCUCUCCGUUCUCCCGACGACUUUCUCUCCUCGCAAACCCUAUUCGCGGUCUUACAAAGGCGUCUUCUUCGGCACCCCCGGCAACCUCGGAAACGCCCGUGGCGUUGCCUUCACCUUUCUUACGGCCACAAUACACUUCUUCCUUCCGUCAACCUCUUCCGCCUCUUCCCCCUGCCCCUGCAUCCACUUCUACGGCCACGCCUCGCGCACACUUUCUAGCUUCCCGCCCAGCCUUCUGACGGCCUCCUUCGCGGCGGCGAUCUCCUCAGCGCCCGCGCCCACGCUCUUCUGCGCGAAUAACACGCCCCCCACCUUUGCCAGCAGCACGCACAGUUCGCAGCAACCACGCAUUUCCGCCAACGACCGUGCCACGACCGCGUCAUACCGCCCCCGAUGCAUCUUACUCUGCCCGACCUCUUCUGCCCUCCGCCACACGGACGUGACGUUGCCCAGGGCCAGCUCGCGUCCCACGAUGUCGUGGAAGCGCGUCUUCUUGCGCGCGGCCUCGAGCAGCGUGACGUCCCACUGCGGCCUCGCGAUGGCCAGGACGAGGCCCGGGAACCCCGCGCCCGUGCCGACAUCGACGACGCGUAGCCCGGUAGCCGCGGCCGCGGCCGCGGCCUCCGCGUCCAGCGCCGGCAGCAGGCAAAGCCCGUCCAUGACGUGCUUAAGCAGCACGGCGUCGCGCGUGCGGAUCGCCGUGAGGUUGUACCGCUUGCUCUCGCUGAGCAGCAGAUCCGUGAGCCGCACGAGGGUGUUGAGCCGCGCCACGUCCAGGCCCUGCGCGUGGGCGGCGCGGCGCGGCACCGCGUGCGUGGUGGUGAUGUUUUGCUGCGUCGCGCAGCCGCGCAGCGCCACGCGCCGCAGCGGCCGCGGCCCGGCAUGCGGAUGGCAGCACGUGACGCGCGCACCGAGUCGGCGGCGAGACGGCGAAAGCGAUGCGGCAGGCGGUGAGCCACGGAGCCAUGCAGACGGAGCUGUCGGAGGCCGACUGAGGGAUGGGCUAAACUGGGCGACCGAUGGAUUCUGGUAA